UCGAUUUUAAAAAGGCGUUUGACACUUUAGAAACUAACACCCUUUUAAACGCAAUGGAGGAGUGCGGGGUCGUAGAACCCCUUAACAAUUGGUUCCGUGACUACCUUACAUCACGCUCUUUUAAAGUCCGAAUAGAAGACACUUUCAGUGAUGGGAAAGCGGUUCUGUGCGGAGUCCCUCAAGGUUCUGGCUGCGGGCCUGUGUGCUAUCUUAUGCACGUAAACAGUCUAUGUGGUGUACUGAAACAUUGCACAGCACACAUGUUCGCAGACGACCUGUGUGCCAUGCGCGCGGGUACGGACCUCGCGGAGACCUGCCGGCUCGUACAGACUGAUAUAGAUGCAGUAGUCAAAUGGUCACAUGACAAUGGAAUAGUCUUAAAUACUGAUAAAACUAAGCUUUUAAUCGUACACUCACCAUACCUACCUCUCAGUCAAACAUAUUCCAUGUUCACCCACACUUUUGAAUGCAUCCAUAAUCAAUUUAAAACUUGUAUUUGUAAACCGAUUGAACGCGUGAAAACUGUUACAUAUCUGGGCAUGAGGGUGGAUGAACAUUUUUCUUGGACUACACAUAUAGACUAUAUAUAUGAUAAAUUAAAAGUAUUGUUAGGUAAAUUCUAUCACCUAAGUUACAAAGUUCCUAUAAAGACUUUAAAAUGUCUGUACAUGGCCCUUGUUGAUUCUAUUCUUAGUUAUUCUCUGGAUUGUUAUGGACUUACUACUAAAACUAACUUAAACAAAUUGGAAAAUAUGCAAAUUAGAUUUUUAAAACUCUUAGUCAGUAAAAAGAUAAAAGAUAAAUAUAAACAUAACUAUAGAAUGCUAUUUAAAUUUUGUAAUAUCCUUCCAGUCAGCCUUAAGCACAAAUAUCUUCUUGCUGUAAACAACCAUAGCUCUAUUUCUUCUCUAAUUCUUUUAAAUACCAAUCAUACAACAAGGUCAGUGACCUCAGGAAAAUAUGAAGUACCUAGAGUCAAUAAUUAUUUUGGAGAUCGAACCUUAGAUAAACGUUUACCAUAUUUUCUCAAUAGUUUACCAGAAUACAUACGAACAGAAGCAAAUAUCCACAAAUUUAAAAGUUUAUUAAGAAAACACCUUCUACAGUCAUUAGAAUGCUAAAGCACAAGCUCCUAAAUAGAUAUACCUACUCACUCAAAUAAAAAUAUAUACAUAAUACCAUAUUUUAUAACAGUUAUUAAUAUAUUUAUAUAAUAUAUUUAGUUAUAGAUAAGAUAUAAUAUAUUACUUGAUCCCACAGACAAACUGCAUGUGCAGUUUUGUGGGACUUAGACUUAAGUUAUUGUUAGUAAUAAUUUGUAAUAAUAAUUUCAAUAAAUAAUAAAAUAA